AUGUUUCGAGCGCAGCAGAAUGCAUUCGAUGACGCCGUCGCAAAAGCAACCGAUGAAAACCUCACGUCAGAGAACUGGGAGUAUAUAUUGGACGUUUGUGAUAGAGUCGGCGCAGAAGACUCAGGAGCAAAAGAUGCGGUUGCCUCCAUGAUCAAACGUCUUGCCCACCGAAAUGCGAAUGUGCAGCUCUACACACUGGAGCUAGCGAAUGCAUGCUCCCAAAAUUGCGGUCCAAAGAUGCACAGGGAGUUAGCUUCGAGGAGCUUCACAGAUGCACUACUACGACUGGCGGGCGAUAGGAAUACACAUCAACAAGUGAAGGCUAAGAUCCUAGAGCGCAUGGCAGAAUGGUCAGAGGAGUUCUCGAAGGAUCCUGACCUGGGCAUUAUGGACCAGGCGUAUAUGAAGCUGAAGACUCAAAAUCCGAAUCUUUACCCACCGUCCAAGCCAAACAAGCGUCAAAUCACAGAUGUUGAUAGACAAAAGGAGGAGGAGGAAUUACAAAUGGCGCUGGCACUAUCAAUCAAGGACAAGCCUGCGGCCGGACAAGCAUCUGGAAAGGAGGCCAGCCCAGCAUCAUCUUCGACAGCUGCCGGUCCUUCGCAACAGAUGGCACCCGCACAACCUGUGUCAUCAGGCACGACCGCAGCUACAGUUUCAAGGGUGCGAGCAUUAUUCGACUUUCAGCCUUCAGAAGCCGGAGAAUUACAAUUUCGCAAAGGUGACAUCAUCGCUGUGAUGGAAUCAGUUUACAAAGACUGGUGGAAGGGCUCGUUGAGAGGACAGACCGGUAUCUUCCCGUUGAACUAUGUCGAGAAAUUGGCGGACCCCACUCAGGAUGAUCUGCAGCGAGAGGCGCAAAUGGAAGCUGAAGUCUUUGGAGAGAUCAAGAACGUGGAAAAACUUCUGACAUUGCUAAGCACCAGCAGUUCAGAGCUGAAUGUCAGGGAUAAUGAAGAGAUCACGGAGCUUUAUCACUCAACGCUGGCGAUACGACCGAAGCUCAUUGAGCUGAUUGGGAAAUACUCGCAGAAAAAGGACGACUUUACGCAGCUCAAUGAGAAAUUCAUCAAAGCACGGAGGGAUUACGAAUCGCUGCUGGAAGCUUCGAUGUCCCAACCUUCACAGCCUCAGUAUGGUCGCCAAAGCCAGCCACAGUAUGGGUUUGAUGGUGGCUAUCCACAGCAGGGACCACCUCCCCAACAAGGUCCUGGUCGCUAUUAUACCCCUGGUCCGAACGGUGUUCCUCCUGACUCACGCACCCCAAAGCCGCAGUAUCCAGCUCAGAAUGGGCCCCAACCGUUUUCAUAUGCCGGUCAAGCACCACCAUCCCAGCAACCGCAAUCACAAUAUCCAACUCACGAUCCUCGCAACCGAAUACCAUCCGGUAACCAGGGUCCACCCUCAUCAGAUCCCUAUUCCCACCGCCCACAAUCAACCUACGACAAUCCGCAAGAGCUCUCCUCAUCUUCCUACGCAAGCCCCACAGACACCCGGCCCCAAUCAUACCCCCCUCAUGUCCAACAAUCGAAGGCCGAGAGCGAGUACUCACCCUCCCUCCACUCUCCUACAGACGGCGAGCCCUUUGGACAAGCGCAGCAAUCUCAAGCACCGUACGCCAGCCAACAAGCUCCUUACCCUCACACUCCCGUGGGCCCUCCCUCUACCCAAGACCUCUACGCACCGUACAACCAAGCACCACCUUCACAACCGCCGCCUCAAGCGCCGUCUCCUAGCAUGGGCCAGAACCCAUAUCCGGUCCUCAACUCGGGACCACCUUCAGGCGGGUACCAGGCAUAUCAUGCUCCGCCGCCGCAACAGCAGUCGGGCUAUGUUGCUGAGGCGCAAGGGAACCCAAAUGAUUUCUACAGGUAA